AUGAUGAGAAAUGAUACAGUAACAACAUUCAUUCUUCUGGGACUCACAGAUGACCCUCGGCUGCAGAUCUUAAUUUUUAUCUUUCUAUUUCUCACCUACAUGUUGAGUGUAACCGGAAACCUGACCAUCAUCACACUCACCUUUGUGGAUCCUCACCUUAAAACACCCAUGUACUUUUUCUUAAAAAAUUUCUCCUUCUUAGAAAUCUCAUUCACAUCUGCUUGUGUUCCUAGAUACUUGUAUAACAUAGCAACAGGUGACAAGGUCAUUACUUAUAAUGAGUGUGUCAUCCAAGUGUUUUUUACUGACCUCUGUGGAGUAACAGAAUUUUUUCUCCUGGCUGCCAUGUCCUAUGACCGCUAUGUGGCCAUCUGCAAGCCCCUGCAUUAUGUGACUAUCAUGAACAGCAGAGUUUGCAGGAUUCUCAUCAUCUGUUGUUGGAUGGCUGGUUUAUGCAUAAUAAUCCCUCCACUUAGCCUGGGUUUAAAUCUAAAAUUCUGUGACUCUAACAUAAUUGAUCAUUUUGGGUGUGAUGCAUUUCCCCUGGUGAAAAUCUCGUGCUCAGACACAUGGUUCAUGGAACAGACAGUUAUCAUCUGUGCGGUGCUGACCCUGAAUAUCACUCUAAGUUGUGUAGUUCUGUCAUACACUUACAUCAUCAAGACAAUUUUUAGAUUCCCUGCUGUCCAGCAAAGGAAAAAGGCCUUUUCCACCUGUUCUUCCCACAUGAUUGUGGUUUCCAUCACUUAUGGCACCUGCAUUUUCAUCUACAUGAAUCCCACAGCAAAGGAAGAGGUGACUGUUAAUAAAGUAGUUUCUUUGCUCAUUUCUUCUAUUUCGCCUACAUUGAACCCAUUUAUUUAUACCUUGAGAAACAAUCAGGUAAAGAAAGCCUUCAAGAAUGCAAUCAAAAGAAUUGCAUUGCUCUCAACUAAGUAA